UGGUUCCUCGCGGACAAGCCUUCAUCGUCUCUUUCAAUCAAUUUUCAUCGUUUCUGAGAAAGGAGAAGUUUUUGUUGAAGUUAGUUUCAAUGGAAGGGAUCACGGAAGGAGUCAACAGCAUGAGCCUGGGCGUUGAUACCCAGAAGAAGAGUCGGAUUCAGGUUUCCCACACCAAGAAACCGUUGUUCUUCUACGUCAAUCUCGCCAAGAGGUACAUGCAGCAGUACUCAGAUGUCGAGUUGUCUGCACUUGGAAUGGCUAUUGCUACGGUUGUUACUGUCGCUGAGAUACUGAAGAACAAUGGUUUUGCCGUUGAAAAGAAGAUCAUGACUUCGACUGUGGAUAUCAAGGAUGAUUCAAGGGGACGUCCUGUGCAGAAAGCCAAGAUUGAGAUAACGCUCGCCAAGUCUGAGAAGUUUGAUGAAUUAAUGGCUGCAGCCAAUGAGGAGAAGGAGGCUGCAGAAGCCCAAGAGCAGAGCUGAGAUCUUUUUUCAUGUCUCUCUUUCAUCUUAAUGUUAUAACACUUUGUUUCCUUUAUUUCGUUAAUUUUUGGCUCAUUUUGAAAUUUUGAAUGUCAUCUUGAAUUGUAUUUGUCUGUUAGUUACCUGUGAAAGUUUUUUUG